AUGAAAUAUUCAAAAUUGAAAAUAAAUUGCAAAAAGAAUAAAUUGCAAAAAGAAAAAAUUGAAACAGAAAAAGAAAAAGAGAAUAAAAAAAGAUAAUUUUAAAAUCCACUUCCUGCAGCAGUUAAAUCAUAUAUAACUAUAAAAGAUAUUGAAUAAGUGAUUGAUGAUUGUAAUUAUUAUUAUCUUUAUUAGAGCAAUAUAAGAAAGAUGUUUCUGAAAUGAAGAAAUAGAAGAGAGAAUUAGAAUAAUUAUAAUGGGUAUUAGACAAAGAGAAGAAUCUGAAAUUUGAGUAAAAUACACAAUUUGAAGAAAAUUAAAACAUUAAAAACCCUGAUUUGCCCUAAGAUAUUAUGAAUGCUAAAAAAAAGGGUAUGGAAAAUAAAGAAUCACCAUCCAAAACAAAAGAAUAAAAGAAAUGGGAUAAAUCAAAGUAAAUUGAAAAAAUGUAGAUGAAAUCUAAGUUGAACCUCAAUAAAAUAAUUAUCCUAUUUGGAAAGAGGGAAUUCAUUUAAUUCGUUACGAAGCCAAAAAAACCAUUAUUACCCGGAGAAUAUGAUUCAAAAGAUUUGGACUUAAUACAAUAAAAGUACUGCUAUUAUUUACUGCUAUUAUUCAUACCUCAAUAGCAACCUUAAUAAUAAGUAAGAAAAAUGAAUUGAU